GCGGCGAGACUUUAUCAGUAGAAGACUCUGAGGCUCAUGGAGGGGCACAUGUGUCUUCUGUUUGUGAUGUCUGGAGUGUCUGUUCUUGGUCCGUGGGUCUCUGGGUCAGUUGUGGAUGUGAUGGUGAAACCCGGAGACAACAUCACUUUGUUGUGCGACUGCACAUGUUCUACUGGAGUCUACACAGUGUGGUACCGCAACUGCUCUCACACAAACCAGCCCACACUGGUCCUGAAUACUUGGAAAGACAGUUUAUACCCAAUGGAUCAAAAUUACAUAUCAAAACUGAUGAACCCACUGCCUGGAUUUAAGUUAGUGAAGGACUCCAGAUCUAAAUGCUACAACCUGCACAUCACUAAUAUCACAGAGAACGAUGGAGGAUCAUACUAUUGUGGAACUGAGGACAGACAAGUUUUGUAUGACAAUAAAACUGGAAUCAAACGUGAAUUUGUGUACAACUAUGGAAGCACCACAACAAGAAUACUAUUCAAGCUCAGUGAACCUCUGAAGCCCGAGUGUGGACAGUGCUGGAUUCUGCUGUUUUCUGUGUGUCCAGCCCUGAGCCUUCUGUCCAUUGUGCUGCUCGUGUUUGUGAUUUAUUCAGAAUGUUUUAAACAAGACGUGAAAAGAGCAGAGACCAGAGUUCAGAUGAGCCAGAGCGAGGAUGGAGAUGUGUGUUACGCCGCUUUAGAAAUCCGCCAAACAUCACAAAGACCAAAGAGAAAGAAAAACACCCCUGACUCUGAUUUCUGCACAUAUUCUGCCAUCAAAACCUCUCAAGAAUGAAAUGCAAAGAAUUAUUGAAAAAUAGAUUUUAGGUUAAGGUGCACUUCAUUGUUCCUGUAAAGAAUUUUUUCCUCUGCAUUUGACCCAUCCUUCAAUGCCUCAGGAGCGGUGGGUGCACAGUGCCUUGGGACCCAGCUCUGUGAUCUUGUUGCUGGGUUUGGUCGGGACUAACUUUGCUGUAGGAUUUGACUCAUGGUGCAUGUUUGAUGGGGGAAACCGGAGUACCUGGGGGAAAACCCACUCAGACACAGGGAGAACGUGCAAACUCAGCACAAAAAGACCCAUGCAACCCAAGGAUCGAAACUGGUACCUUCUUGCUGUGAGGCGUGAGUGUUAGCCUCUCACCUACUGUGCCACAUGUCAUGUCUUUUUUAUGUCAGGUCUUUUCAAACUUUACAUUU